UCUGCAUGUUAAUCAGCGCUGCAGUGCAAAAUGUGAAGACACGUACCAUCACGUUCUCAGUCAACAUGUCUCUAACAAUGGACGAGCAACGUCAACGGCCUUUGUUGUGCAAUGGUCAAGCACAACAACGAACGCGACCCUCAAUCACCGCCGCAGUCUUGCGUUCAUGUAUGAAGGAAACCGAACUCUCCAUGGCUGAAUUGCGCCGCUUUCGCCUAAGCUUGCUCUCCCAUGAGCCCCAGGAGGCAAAUGCGUUUGAUGAGUCAACAACGGAACAACCGAGUCUCGGCGAAAUGGCCGAUGCUGAUUUCUCCGAAGAAGAAGAUAUAGAUGGCAUUGUUUAUGAAACUGAAUCGGCUGUAGUUAUGGAACCCACAAGUAUUGCUGUGGAGCAUGAAGAGCCCGUAGCAUUUAAAAUCGAUGGCAAAAGUGAUGAAUCCUUGCAGUGUUUCGCCUAUUGUCUCUAUGAACAAUUAGGACUCAUUUCGAAAGGUGUUUACAUGGAGGAAGAACUCUUCGCCAAGUUAUAUGCUGUAGUGGGACGUGAACGGCAUUUGGUGAAGGAGUGCAUGGAUUUAAAUACGAAUAAUAAAUGUGAGUCCUCAUAUAAAAUGCAUUUAUGUUAUGCGCGCUUGAAGACGCUUGAAGCUGAGAAACGUUUACAUGAUGUACUUGGGCCUAUUGAAGGAGAGGAAAAAGAUAGAGAAGAAGUGGAAAUGACGCAAAAAAUUACAACUCUGGAGAGUGUGGAAACAACGAUGGAAACAGAACCAAAUACGAAACCGAAUCCAACGGUGGAAGCAGACACAACAUUGGAAUCGAAAUCAAUGAUGGAACCAGAAAAAACGAUGUAUCCGUUUAUAUUUCAAGAUUAUGCGGAAGACGAGUAUACCAAACUCAAUAUGAAGAAGAAAAUGAAAAAAUUUAUAAAAAAAUUGAAAUCAGAGGACUUAACCAAUAGAAGUUACAAUGAGCUACUUGGACGCUGAACUGAGUUUUGCAGGGAGAGGUUUUAUUGUCUUUGGUAAGCGGAGGAAGAUAGCAGAGAAUAUCAUCCUCC